AGGCAGAGAAGGGCGGCCGGGCCGGGACUGCUCAGUGGGCCUUAGCCCCCCGGACUCGGGACGGGGCGCCCCUAACCCGGCCCGGCUAAGCACCCCCAGGGCGCACGGAGGAGGAAGGGGAAGAUGGCAGGAUUUCUAUAGUAUAUCUAGUAUGAGUUCCAUAUCUUGGCCUCUUAUCCAACUUCUGCAGUCACAUCUCCACCGCCUAGAGAAUAAAUGGGAUUUGCAUGAAUUCUAAACUCUCAACUGAAGUACAGACUGCAUUGUUAAUAUCAAGUAUCACUUUCUUCUGGUUGUUAUUAACAGCUCCUCAGAAAAUUAAAUGUCGUCUGAAGACCGAGAAGCUCAGGAGGAUGAAUUGCUGGCUCUGGCGAGUAUUUAUGAUGGAGAUGAAUUUAGAAAAGCAGAGUCUGUCCAAGGUGGAGAAACCAGGAUCUACUUGGACUUGCCACAAAAUUUUAAGAUAUUUGUGAGCGGCAAUUCAAAUGAGUGUCUCCAGAAUAGUGGCUUUGAAUACACCAUUUGCUUUCUGCCUCCACUUGUGCUGAACUUUGAACUGCCACCAGAUUAUCCAUCCUCCUCCCCACCUUCAUUCACACUUAGUGGCAAAUGGCUGUCACCAACUCAGCUCUCUGCUCUCUGCAAGCACUUAGACAACCUGUGGGAAGAACAUCGUGGCAGCGUGGUCCUGUUUGCCUGGAUGCAGUUUCUUAAGGAAGAGACCCUGGCAUACUUGAAUAUUGCCUCUCCUUUUGAGCUCAAGAUGAGUUCUCAGACAAAAGUGCAGAGAAGGACCACACAAACUUCGUCCAAUACAGAGCUAGAUUUUGGAGGAGCUGCUGGAUCUGACAUAGACCAAGAAGAAAUUGUAGAUGAGAGAGCUGUGCAGGAUGUGGAAUCAUUGUCAAGUCUGAUCCAGGAAAUCUUAGACUUUGAUCAAGCUCAGCAGAUAAAAUGCUUUAAUAGUAAAGUGUUCACGUGCAAUAUCUGUUUCUGUGAGAAGCUGGGUAGUGAAUGCAUGAACUUCUUGGAGUGUAGGCAUGCAUACUGCAAAGCUUGUCUGAAGGACUACUUUGAAAUCCAGAUCAAAGAUGGCCAAGUUCAAUGCCUCAAUUGCCCAGAACCCAAGUGCCCUUCAGUGGCCACCCCUGGUCAGGUCAAAGAGCUAGUGGAGGCAGACUUAUUUGCCCGUUAUGACCGCCUUCUUCUCCAGUCUACCUUGGACCUGAUGGCAGAUGUGGUGUACUGCCCCCGCCCAUUUUGCCAGUUGCCUGUGAUGCAGGAACCUGGUUGUACCAUGGGCAUCUGUUCCAGCUGCAAUUUUGCCUUCUGUACCUUGUGCAGAUUGACCUACCAUGGGGUCUCUCCAUGUAAGGUGACUGCAGAGAAAUUAAUAGACUUACGAAAUGAGUACCUGCAAGCAGAUGAGGCCAAUAAAAGAUUCUUGGAAAAGAGGUAUGGUAAGAGGGUGAUUCAGAAGGCACUGGAAGAGAUGGAAAGUAAGGAGUGGCUGGAAAAGAACUCAAAGAGCUGCCCUUGUUGUGGGACUCACAUAGAGAAAUUAGAUGGAUGUAACAAGAUGACCUGUACUAGCUGUAAGCAGUAUUUUUGCUGGAUUUGCAUGGGUUCUCUUUCUAGAGCGAACCCUUACAAACAUUUCACUGAUCCUGCUUCCCAAUGUUUUAACCGGUUGUUCCAUGCUGUGGAUGUUAAUGGAGAUAUUUGGGAAGAUGAGAUUGAAGAUUAAUUGACUCCUACUGCUCAAGAUGUGGAAGCAGAAUGGUUUGCCCUAGUCUUUUGUUGAGUACACAAAGUAACUGCAGGAUAUUUAGGGUCCCAUUCAUUUAUUCUUCCUAUGUAGAAGAUACGGAAGAACAAGGUUUAUAUUUUCCACGUGGUACUACUGAUUAAGGCACAUUUACUCAUUUUUCAAUGUAACAAAAUUGAAAAAAAUUAUAAACCAAAGGUUCAGAAAAUGUAAACUAGAGAAUAUUAAAUUACAAUGUGCCAGAAUCUCUGAUAGUUAAAAAUGCAAUAUUUAUUUUAUUACUCAAACUUUAGGUCAGGAGAGGGAUCAAGAGUUGAACUUAAAGAUCUCUUUAUUUCUGAGAAGCAACCCUCUUAAGACAUUAUGUAGGAGUCCCCUCAGUAGUACUACUUAUAACUGGGGUGGAUAGAAGCCCUAUUAAAAUUGUACUGAGAGCCUGAUCUUACUGUUACAUUCCUUCCAAUCUAAAUUUUUGCUAAAUUAGUCCUCCAGAAGGAGCCCUUUACUCUAUAACUGGAUGACCCAUUGUCAUUUUGAUCUAUUGCUUUUCAGAAUAGAAAUUUGUAGAUAACUUAAAAACUAUUUUUAAUACCACAGACACUGUGGGUCACCUGAUAUUUAUUAGGUGGUUUUGAGCCAAAUCUAGAAUUUAAUGAUACUGACACAGAAGGAUUUCAACUCUUUUCAACUUUCCUGGGCAGUAGAGCCUAGAUUCAAAGUAAUUAUCUUUGCUACUUUUGUUCUCUGUUGUCUCCCUGGCCCUGCCUUCCUUUGGUAAGGACAAUUUUAAUAUUAACUCCAGCAGCUCAAAUUUUUAUUUCUUCUGCUGGAAUAGGAAAAAGCCUGAUAUAGUCCCAAAGUGAACAAGCUGAACUGUCUUUAUCUGCUUUUUGAACACCACACCACUGUAAUUCCAGUACUAACUUUCUGAAUUCUUUGUGUAAGUCUUCUCUAAUGAGUUGUGGGGAAUUUGACUUCUCCCCCUUUUUUGCCAGAGCAGUGUUUGAGGGUAUAAUUUUGGCUUGAUACCUAGAUUCUUAUUUCUAGGCUUUGUUGGCUUUUUGAAAAUUGUCUUUCCAUGUGAUUUUGGUGAGUGGCCUGAUAACAAAAUAAGAUUUUUUGGAAAAAGAGGACAGAGAACUUCAGCUACAGCUGUGAAUAUGUUCUUUUUUUUCCAUACCUUGUCAUUGAAUACUGGGAAAUCACUUUUAACUAUUUAAUGUGUGUAUCCAAAGAGUCAGCAAGGACUGUUUCUGGAUUGUCAAUGAGAAUGCUUAAUCUUGAAAAUAAAAAUAAUUUAAAAACUGUCUUAUAAUUAGAGGAGAGUUGCUAUUUGUUGUUUAUCUAGGGCAACUAAUCACAUUUAAAAACUAUCUGAUACAUAAACACAUAAAGUGAGAAGAAAGAAGUUAGGGAACAACACCUUUUACCUGGGCUUAUGACUGAACUUAAGUUUAGUUCCCAUAUUUUGUUUACACCACAUAGUUUCAUGAACUUCCAUUCAACACAUUUUAUCUAUAAACUAAAGUUAAUUAUAAGAAUAAAUGGAAGAAAUGGAAAUUAAAAUCAUUACUUUCUUUACCCUUGAGAAGAGUGUUU